AUGUCACUAGGCUGUCCGGCCAAAAUUCGUCUAUCUAACACCAGCACAAAACUGAAAAUCACUAUGUUACAAUUUAAUCAUAAUCAUACAGUUGAACCACCAAAGCUAAAAUAUUAUUCACGUAAUCGUCGUUUAGAUAAUAAUACAAUUGAAAUAAUAAAAAAAUAUGAUAAUCAUAAAGUUCCACGAAGUAUUAUACGUAACAUCAUCAUGAGCGAAAAUCAAUCAAAACUUACUACAAUUAAAGACAUAUCAAAUAUUUUAGAUAAGACAACUAUCAACAAUCUCCCAUCCCAAGCUACUGCAAUUGAAAAAAUUCUAAAUGAAAUGAAAAUCUUAGAUUCAACAGCAACGAUUGAUGUAACAAUAUCAGGAAACAAUCAGCUUGAGAUGAUUUAUAUUGCAACAACACAAAUGCAAGAAAACUUUAAAAAAUAUUAUCACAUUAUAUUUUUUGAUGUUACUUAUAGAAUUAAUAUAGAAGGAUUUUGUUUGUAUGUAUUCUUAAUACAAGAUGGUCGAGGUAUAGGUAUGUGGCAAGGUGAGUAUACCACAAUGCAUACCUUUUCUCAAUAUAAUAUGAGAUAA